AUGGCUGACGGUCCAACCUCAGACAUGGCAGCAGAAGGCACGGCAAGCGGUUUGUCGAAAGCAGUUCCUCCGAAAAGAAGGUGGAACACUUCACGGCAAGUUGACAGCGAUGGAUACAAGGGAGACGACGAGGACGAUGAUUAUGGCGUGUCUGUGAAAAGUGAUGCUGCAGCAGGAAGCGGACAUGCGACUGGAGGUACCACCCCUUCUGGCGAUGCCGAUAUUGAUGCGUAUGUCGCCGCAUACAUGUGCAAGGAGGACGUGGCGUUCAUCAAGACACUUUCAAAGGGCAUACGAACAAAACAGCUCAUCAAGAAACCAAAGACAGCUUCGAGAGAACGAACUGAAAUCUCAACAGCAUGCGAGUCAACCUUGACCACCCCAGCCUCUGUAGGUGAUGUUAGGAACACGCUUGGCAUUCGCCACCCAUCCGAUACCCUUCCUCCAAAUGCCGUCGGCCAAAGAAACACCCGGGAUCCAAGUCCUACGUACAACCAAAACACCACAAAUUUGCAAACUCCGAAUCCGACGUAUUCGCCAAAGCGGCUGCAUGCCCGCAUUGAACCCACCUUAGACAAUCCCUGCCUCCAGCCAGAAAAUGCUUCAUUUCAGGAAGGUGGUCAAACCACGACUGCACAAGCUGUGGGGCAGCGGCGCCAUGAUCACCCUCAACCCGCCUUAGGUUUAGACAAUCCCUGCACCCAGCCAGGAGCGCUAGCAGCGUCAUGUCAGGAAACCAUGGCCACUUCUGCACUAGCUGUGGGCGAUGACCACAUCCAGCCAUACGCCGUUAGAUCGCGGGAAGAAGAUGAUGUUGAUAUUACGCCGUAUGCCGUAGCCUACAUGUGCCAGGGCGACACUGACAGCACCGAGGAGGACACGAAAACGCCUUCAAGCAGCGACGUCGACACUGACGUUUUGCAGGACAGCAGGCAGGCGCCCGUGCAGAACACAUUGAACCCGAAUCCGAGAUCCCUGCAAAACGCAUUGAGUCGGAAUCCGAUGUACGCACAAAACGCAUUAAAUCCGAAUCCGGUGCCAAACGCUGUUCAAGAAGUUGCUUGUGUGUGUACAUCCCGCUGGGUUUGCGCUGCUGUAACCGCCGCCGUGGUUCUGGUGUUGCUGAUCCUCGUCGGGACCCUUUCCGGGCUGUGCCUCAACACCAGCGAGCAGGGCAGUCAAAGGCCGACGCAGCCUGUGGACACUGCCCGCACCACUGGUCAACCUACUCCGGACACUCCCUCCACCCCUGACCACCCAGCCUGCUGCAGCUCUGGGAAGACGACAGUGGUCGAUCUCUUGCCAACGGGUGACGCUCUGCCAUCAACCGCCAACAGCUCACAAGAGAGCUACGCCGGAAACGUCAAAUCAAAGCCAAUUGUGUUUGGUGGUAAAGGCACGUCACCGGGACAAAUGGACGAACCCACUGGCGUGGCAGUGUCCGCAGACAAUGAAAUAUUUGUCGCUGAUGCGAACAACAAACGCGUCCAAGUCUUCAGCAUGAAGGGCGCCUUCCUCCGCCUCUUCUCAACAAAAGUGCCUGGCGGGAAUCACCAAGCAAUGUACCCUACCGAUGUGGACAUUGACGAGCAAGGUCGUAUUUGGGUGGUGGGGAAAGAUCGCGCUAGUAGCGGCGCUGUACGUGUGGUACAGUACCGUACAGACGGCCUAUCGAUGAUCACGUUUGAUGUGGAGCGGAGUGCUUGGUACCCAAAAAUUGCAGUGAACGCGCGCCAUAACAAAAUCAUCGUAGUAGCAAGUGAUGAGGUGCUCAAGUUCAACCCAGACGGCUCGUUUGAUGGAAGUUUUGGCAAAGAAAAAGGCGCCGGACUACAGUACGUCACAUCAGACAGGGACGGGAAUAUCCUCGUUACGGCAGCUAACGAUCCUCCUCCUCCAGGCGUCCGGGUGUACGAUCACAACGGACAGCGCCAAUUCUCGUUCCGCACUGCCAACAUCGGUAUGCUUGUAGGUAUUUGCAUGGACCCCCAGGGUCAUAUCAUGGUGGCUGUCAACACCUGGAUCAGCGCCGGGCGGGUGAACAUGUUUACAAGCGGCGGGGAGUUUGUCCGUAUGGCCGUGAACGUUACAGCCCCGUGGGGCAUUGCUUUGGGGCCGGGUGGACAGUUGGUGGUAACUCACACUAUAUCUGAACGCGUGACAAUCUUUCCACGAUGGAUGGUAUUUCCGGACGAGUAGGGUAAGCGGAAUCAGUUGUCAGUCACAAGGGAAUAUAAGAGGGCUCUAGCCUGUUGAGAUUCCAAUGAUUUCUGCGAGGGGGCGCGAAAGCGCACGCAGGAAAGCUCUGCCGCAUGCAUCCG